UAAAUUUUGUCAUUUUAUGCUACAUGUAACCAAUUUUACAACAAAUAGUCUUAUCUUGUUAUUUUAAUUUCUUAAUUCUGACUUUUCUUAUUAACAACAUAACAAGCUAAAAAUUUGAUGUGACAAAUGAAAAAACAUAGAAAUACACAUCAACACUUGCAAAUGCCUAUAUAUCCUGCCCUGUCAUUCAACUUUAUGAAACAAGAGUAAAGAUAUGCAGUUAGUACUAAAGAUUGUGCUAGUUUUAUUGUUUGUACAUGAAGCAUCUGCACAAGCAAGUUCUCUGGCAAAGCCAGGAUGUCAACAAACUUGCGGCGACAUUAUAAUUUCUUAUCCAUUCGGAAUUGGAACCAAUUGUUCAGCUGAUCAGAGUCUCGAAAUAUCGUGCAACAGCUCUUUUAAUCCACCAAAAGCUUUCCUGAAUGACAUCAAUCUGGAGCUGCGUAAUAUUUCAUUAGAAGAUGGUACUGUUCAGGUCUAUAACCCUGUGAUCACUGAUUGUCCCAGUGGAAGUAAUAAUGGGCAGGAAGUUUUUUUAUCAGGCCCCUUUGCGUUUUCAAGCACUCAGAAUCGGUUUACUGCAAUGGGGUGCAACAAUCUUGCUCUGAUAUCCCGGCAAGGAAUCAGCAUUGGGGGGUGCAUGUCAUUUUGCAAUACGACUUUUCGGGAUAAUAAUUGUUUUGGUAUAAACUGUUGCCAGACAAGGAUACCUCCAUCUUUGAAGUUUACAAAUGCAUCUCUGGAGAGCAUUGAUCCUAAGAAUGAUGAAAUAGGAUGCAGGUACGCGUUCAUUGUAGAUCAGAAUUGGUUCGGGGAGUUGGCAAAUGUUUACAGUGUGCAAAAGAUGGAACAGGUUCCUGCUGUGCUGGAUUGGAGACUGACAGGCUCCUGUCAGUCGUUUGGAGCAGUUGAGUCCUCCACAAACGGCUCCGUGUGUGGAAGAAAUAGUUUCUGUACGAAUCAAAGCUUGUGUUCUUGCGUUGAAGGUUUUUAA